AUGCCUCUUCCAUACGAGGCAGAGAUAGACUCUACCAGUCGCCUUGACUACCAAAAGGAUCAUGGCUCUGAUCCAAAAGUCGAGGAAGCCAAGGAUCUCUUUAGGGAAGAUUCAUUUGACAGAAGCACUCUGGUUGGAACUACUGAUGCGGUGGUCCGGCGAUCUCUUCCCUCCUGCAAAGAUGAUAUGAGUAUGACUCCAGAAGAUGAUGUUUUCACCAUUCCUUAUGGGCCGUUUGUCGACAAACAAACUGGUAGACAUAUGUUAGAACUGAUCAAAGUUACUACCGUAUGCCUUGAUGAUUGUGAGAUCUAUGUGCCCUCCAAGCUAGUCUUGGACCGAGGCAAGGUCGAAACAUUGUUUCGCUAUGAUGGCCUCAACUUUUUCAUGUACGUGCCGCCUGAGUAUGUAGAACAGCGGAGACGGAUGCGAACGGAUUUAGACGAUUUGCAAUUUGGUAGGAGUUACAUCGAGCCAGCUGAAUAG